AUGGCUAUACCAACAACACAAAACAAUGAAAUUUGUUUAUUACUUCCUAAUUGUAAUUUUCCAGCAAGAGGAGCUUUAUGUAUUGUUGAUACAUUUAAAGAUUUAAAAGAGCUUAUUAUUGGAUUAUUUAAACAACCAUUAAAACAAAUAAUUAAAUUUAUUACACAUCCAUUCUUAUGGUCAUUUGUCUUUAUGGUCAUUUGUGGAUAUUGGAAUGGUAUUUUUCAAGUAUUGACACAAAAAAGAUUUGAAAAAUGGGCAAAAACACAUCCUCAAGUGAAUGAUGAAAUAGUUAUUGCUGAUGUUGCAUUUGAUAUUUUACCUCAGAUAAAUAUUAUUUUAUUACCAGAAAUUCUUGCUGCAAUUUUUAUUGGAUUUACUUUACUUAGAUUUUUUGUUACUCCUUAUCGUUGGGUUGUAUUAAGAAGAUACUUUUUCCUUCAAGGAAUUAUCUAUUUUAUUCGUGGGUUAUGUGUGUUUACUACUAUCCUUCCAGACCCUUCAGGUAGACCAUCAACCGUCAACACUUCUAAUGUAUUCGUUGAAGGGUUUUUAGUCUUAUUAGGAAUUCAUCGAGUUGAAUGUGAUAUGAUGUUUAGUGGUAAUGCAGCAAGUAUGGUUAUUUGUGCAUGUUUAUGGCACCAUUAUUCACAUAAAGCACCGAUUAUUGAAUUUGAUUUAUUAGGAGAUACACCUAAUUCUACUCCAUAUGGAUAUCCAUUAAGAAUGACGUUAAUUAAAUUAAUUAUGUGGAUAAUUACUAUUGGAUGCUUUAUAUUAUAUAUUGCUAAUAGAAUGCAUUAUAUUGCUGACGUUUAUAUUGGAUUUGUCUUCUCUUUAUUCUUAUUUAAAUUGUAUCAUAAUUACAUCUUAUUCUGUUCUACAAGACAUAACCUUAUUAAUUCUUUCUUUAAAUGGUUUGAAUCAGAUGCACCAGAUAUCCCUGCAGUUGUUAAAGUACCAAUGGAUGGAAUUUCUUCUUCUGAUGCAAUGGCAAAUUAA